CGACAACCUCGGUGCCUGGAUGCCUCGCCACCCUAACCUAAUGGAGAACGUUCUACACGUGACUAUAACAUCAACAAUAUGACUGGCCUAUCAUCGCUCUCCCAUACUCUAGCCUGUAGGUACCUACCUUUCCUCCUGCGCUCGACCUUCAAUGGAAGAAAAUAGAAUAUCGCACUAACUAUUUAACAGCUAAUAAUGAUAUAAAGGCUUCCAAAUAUUUUCUAGAUUUGACUUCCUUCAAAGUUGCCUGCGAACUGAUACCACAUACCACUAAUCCCAGCCAAAGCUCCCACAAUCCCCUGGAAGCGGAAUGUCGCCUCCAGCUUCCACCACCCUCAUCAACGAGGAUUUCCACAUCGAAACAGCCCUCGCCACAGAUGACGCUGAAGACGUGCCCGUUAACAAGAAGACCAGCUUCAACGGCAGACUAAACCAAUACUUCCACACAUCCAAGAAUAUCCCCAACCCUUCAAGACAAGAUACAUUAUCCAAAAGGAAGUCUGAAUCAGAGUCCAACGACCAAUCAUCCAGCAACGACAAUGACUCAAACUCCAAGCGAAGAAAGAAAGCCGUCUCUGCCGCCGUCCUCAACCUCCCCAAACGGAUAACCCGUUCUCGCUCCGCAUCAUCAUCAUCAUCGCCCGCCCCGUCGCCCGCCACGGAGCCAAGUACACCGGGUCGUUCUCGCGCUCGCCGUCAGCCCUCUUCUCGUAAGAGUACACCAGCGUCUUCCCCCGUCUCGCUCCUCCGCGACACCAUCCCAUCGAACCUCUCCCUUCUCCUGGUAGGCGUCAACCCGGGUAUCAUGACCGGUGCCACGGGGCACGUCUACGCCCACCCAUCGAACCUAUAUUGGAAGCUCCUGCAUUGGUCUGGGAUCACGACGAUUCGCCACCCGCCCUCUGAUACCUACCGGCUACCGGAAUUAUAUAACAUCGGAAACACCAACAUUGUAGAGCGUCCGACCCGCGACGCCAGCAUGCUCAGCAAGGCGGAGAUGGACGCCGGCGUGCCGGUGCUAGAAGAGAAAGUAGCCAAGCAACGGCCAGAGGCCGUUUGUCUCGUUGGAAAGAGUAUCUGGGAGGCUGUAUGGCGGGUACGUAAGGGUCGAGCGAUCCGGAAGGAAGAAUUCCGCUACGGAUGGCAAGACGAGUCGGAGAACAUGGGUCGGGGUGAGGGGUGGAAUGGGGCGCCGGUGUUUGUUGCUACCACUACUAGUGGACUGGCAGCCGGGAUGAGCAUGGCUGAGAAACAGGCUGUAUGGAACGAAUUGGGGAAAUGGGUGAAGAGUCGACGAGAAGCCAAGAAUACCCGUCCAAUGUAACUAUAUACAAGGAUCUAAGUACGUAUUAUGCAAUUACAUGAACAAUACCACCUACGUGCUUUAGUCUCAUGUACGAUGCUACAACGAGGAAACCCCAAGGAUAAUCAA